AUGCAUGCGAUACGGAGGAGCGGGCAGUCGGCAAGCGGUGCAUGUCGAAAGUGCGGCUAUCCGGGGCAUCUCUCGUUCCAGUGCUAUAAUUUUUUGACCCCAAAGCAGGUGGGCAAUGCUUGUGCUGAUGUCUCCACGACCAGUUCGGAAUCGGACUACGAAACACCACUCGGUGCCAAUCAUGAUGAAAAAGUGAAAAAGAAGAAAAAGAAAAGGAAGCACGGGAAAAGCAAGAAACACAAGAAAAAACGAAAACGGAAGCACAGUGGCGAGAGCAGUUCCGAUAAAGCUGAUAUCAAACGUAAGAAAAAGCACUCUUCAAAAUCCUGA